GAGAAUAUCUCGAUUUUCUCUUCUUCAUUUAAAUUCUACGCCAAGGAAUAUUACACAAUUUCCCAUAAAUUAUCUUUUGUUUAAUUAAAACAAACUAACUAACUAACUAAUUAACAUUGGACAUUGAACAGUGAUUGACCAACGCGUACUUUAAGCAUUCAGCACACGUAUACACAGUGAAUUAGAAUUCUUUAAGCAGGAAAAGGAAGAAUAUACAUAUAUACAGCGAAAAUGGCAUACUCUGGUUAUUCAACAGACAAUUCGGAUACUACUGAUCAAAAUAAUUCCCCAUCACAAGAUGAAAAGACCAAGUCAAAGACAAAACCUAAACGUCGUAAUAAUAAUCGUAAACGAUUCGCUAGAAUGCGUAAAUCAUGGAGAUUUAUGAAAAUGCGAAAAUUAUGGGAAAGAGAUAUGUCUAAGCAAAGAAGGAUAUCAGCACCAUUAAUGUCUAUCAAAGCAAACAAUAAACAAGAAUCUAUGACAGCAAGUUUACUAUUCAUGUUUGCAAUGGUUCAGUGUAUAUGUGGUUUUGUAUUACCAAUAUGUGAUUCAUUUGGAAUGAAAGGAGUUAAACGACGUGUUCAUGGAGAUCAUAAAUACUAUUUAGAAAUAUUUCUAAUUUCACAAUAUUGUGGAGCAGUUCUCGUACUUGCCUAUUUACAACUUUUAAUACAAAUUGGAACGAAAAAACAGGCGAAAUGUUCAGCUUCUAAUGAGUCCACAAAGUCAAAUAAUAAUUCAUGUGAACUAGUAGAUAAUAAGAAUAUGAUUAUAAGUGAACGUCCUGCAUUGACUGUACCGAAUUUAACAUUAAUCCCUAGUGAUGUGAAUCAUUCACCGACAGCGAGUAAUUCUGAUAAAAUCUCUGAUAUUGAAUCGACAACAAGUGAAAGACAAUAUACACCAUUAAUUCAAUUUUAUAAUAAUAAAAAUGUCUACAUUUCAUGGCAUCCAGAAGGCAUGAAUUUAUACAUGCGGUUAGGUGCAGUUGGUUUUGGACUAGGUGUUAUGAUUCAUGAUGGUUUCAAUCUGUCUUCUGUCUGGGAAGUCAGUGCACCAAUAUGUCAUAGUAAAUUAUGGAUACCAAAACAUAUAAUCAGAAUAAUAUGGGUUCUGUUGCAAACAUACUUCGUUUUCAAAUAUCAUAGGGUUAUAUUUCAUAAACACAGAGUAGCAGUCCGUUUUGCCUAUGCACAUUUAGCUACAAUCAACUUUUGUCAUUGGCUCAAAGUUGUUGUUGGUGAAGUUGCACAGACAUUGAAAACAACUAAUCCAAGUCAUCCUAUUCAGAUGAUAAAACUUUCGACUGGAAAUCAUAAUUAUACACAUAAUUUAUUCACUCUUAAAAAUAGUCUAUCCAACAAUGAUGAUACGCUGAAGCAGACAAGCGAUGAAAAUACUUCAAAACUAUUGAAUACAGUUUAAUUGCA